CUACACAUUGUUGUGCAUUGUGUGAGUAAAGCAGGCCCCAUAUCCGGCUGCAUUUGUUGUGUGCGGAUCGGCAGGCUGGCAAACUUUGUCCUGUCGAAAGUCUCUCUUGUUUCUGGUGGUAGGGUGCUCCUGAUGUGACAAUGCAUUUCAUGUUCCUCGUAACCACGUUAGUUAUGACUGUUGCUGUUAAUGAGUCUAGCGCUUUUAAAACUUCAGCAGAUAACACCUUGAGGUUGUUAGGCGGGGCCACACGUUGCAGCGGUCAGGUCCAAGUUUACCUAGGGGAAUGGCUCAAUGUUUACCGCACCCACUGGGGCGUGGCCGAGGGGCGCGUCGUCUGCCGCCAGCUGGGCUGUGGGGAGCUGGUCUCCCCCUAUGCCAACUACAAGGACAAGGCCCAGGCAGACCCAGUGUGGAACGAGCUGGUCUCUUGCGCGGGAGACGAGGCGACGUUGAUGAACUGCAGCCAUAGCCGCAAUGCCAGUGACAUGCUCGGUCCGGAGAUGUACAGGGCAGCUGUUGCUUGCCAUCAGGAUGACAUCACAAGUGCUCCAGAGUCCAUGUCCCUGCGCCUUGUCCAUGGGACAGCACCCCACUCUGGCCGGGUGGAGGUCUACUACAAUGGCGAGUGGGGGACGAUAUGUGGCAUGAGUGGCUGGUCCAUGACAGACGGCCAUGUCAUCUGUCGUCAGCUGGGAUACACGAGAGCCGUUGCGGUCAAGAGAUAUAGUGACCCGUUUGGACCCGGCAACGGGACCAUCCUGAUGUCAUUUGUCGACUGUGACGGCCAUGAGGAGAAACUGGGCAACUGCCGCCACCAAGGAUGGUAUCAGCACAACUGCGAUCAUUACAAUGAUGCUGGCGUCAUUUGCAAAGCGUCAUCAAAUGAAACCGGUAUCCGCCUUGCUGAUGGCACCACACAGUACGAGGGGCGAGUGGAGCUGUUCUACAAUGGUGAAUGGGGUACGAUCUGUGACGAUGGGUGGGGCAUCGAGGAUGCCCGGGUGGUCUGCCGCCAGCUGGGCUUCGGACCAGCCAUCACGGUGGGGUCAGGCUACGGCCAGGGUCAGGGCGCCAUACUGCAGUCGGACGUGGGCUGCCGCGGAAUGGAAACAUCCAUCCUGGACUGUGACUUGCAGAAGUGGUACCCGUCCACACAUUGCCACCACCGUGAGGAUGCUGGGGUGCAAUGCCAUGAGCCAGAAAAUCCAAGUGUGAGGGUGCGCUUGGCUAGCAGACUUUUGGAGUCAGAGGGUCGAGUGGAGGUGUACCACAAUGGUGAGUGGGGGAGUGUUUGCGGUUAUUCCUUUACCCUACGAGAGGCCGACGUCUUCUGCCGCCAGCUCGACUACAGAAAGGCACUUAAGGUCUUGGAGCCAGGCUGGUAUGGUGAUGCGGACUUGAUUAUUCUGGACAACGUACAGUGCAACCGAUCUGCCAAAACAUUGGAAGAUUGCCAAGGGUUGGUAUGGUACCCAAAGCAUUCGGACUGUUCGUUGCAUGAAACAGCGGGCGUCAUGUGCGACAGCAACAUGAUUCCUGACACAGUGUCGUCAGUGGAGGUCCGGCUGACAGGAGGUAGCAUGGAGAAAGAGGGCCAGGUGGAACUCUACCACAAUGGCCAGUGGGGUACAGUCUGCGCCUCAGGCUUUGACUUGAAGGCGGCGCAGGUUGUGUGCCGCCAGCUGGGCUAUUACAAUGCCCUGUACCGGACAUCCGGUGAGACAUUCAGUGACGGUAGUCGACCACUGCUCCUGGACCGUGUUGAUUGCCGGACGGGGCUGGAGAAGAACCUGGCACGCUGUGGCCCGCUGGAGUGGUACCGGCAUGACUGGCAGAAUUGCGGGCCUGAGGAAACGGCUGCCGUGGCCUGUCAUGGAUCCAAGAUUGGAGGCGACAUAGAAAUUGUCGUGCGCCUCAGCAACGGCACCCAAGCGUCCAACGGAAGGGUUGAGGUCUAUCACCGUGGCAGUUGGGGGUCUGUGUGUGGUGCGGGUCUGGGCAGGAGCGAAGCGCAGGUCGUAUGUCGGCAGCUAGGCUACGAGGGCGGGGAACCAGUGGAACAAUUUGGCUUCUAUGGGAGCGGCAAAGAGCCGGUCAGCAUGUGGGGCUUGGAGUGUACCGGCGAGGAGGAACUGGUGGAACAGUGCAGGAGCAUCCAGUGGUACAAUGCCCAGAAGCACGUCUGCGACAGGGAGCUGACAGCUGGAGUCACAUGCCUCCUAAGAGGUGGGAGAAACAUCUUGACUUCCUUCAGUGAUAGAUCUUGCUACUCUGUAGAGUGCACCCACAUUUUGGCAUGAAUAUUCAUUAGCUGAUACUUAUAUUUCAUUGGCCAGCAUUGUUAGGUUUUUGAUUGAAAUUGUAGUGAUCAUGAUAUAAUAAGAUAUCAAAUAAAAUCACUGGAAAAAUUGAAUUUUUGGCUUUUACUUUUUCCCCCCAAAUAGGUGUUCAUGAAUGGAAAUAAAAGUGUGAUGGGUUAGUUUCGGUUUAAACUGCUUCAUCACACUUUUAUUCCCAUGUUUUACCCUCUUCCUGCCGGAUGCCUUUAAAAAUGCUGUGCCUACAUACGGUCGAUUUUUC